AUGAAGUUCAUUGCUGCGCUCAUUUCUGCCUGUUUCAUUCUUGCCGCUGAAGCGCAACACGACCAGAGGAUGGUGAAGAGACAUGGUCGUCGCGGUCCGUCGGCUACCUACGGCCCCCCGACUGCAACCUUGAGCAGCACACCCACUCUCGUUGCCACCCCUACAUCUACCCCUACCUCUGGCAAUAAGACCGGUGACUCGUUAUCCGUCGCGAACGGUGUCAAGCGUGGCUUGUCUUUUAACGACGCGUCCCUCACUGAUGGCUUUAACUCCGGUGAAGUUUCUUGGGUGUACAACUGGGCAUCGAGCUACUCUGGGACGAUCCCUGAGAACGUCAUGUACUUCCCCAUGCUCUGGGGUGGUGCCGACUCUUACACCUCGGUCUGGUUUGACAACGCCAAUGCUGCCAUUGCUAAUGGUGCCGAGAUCCUCUUGGGCAUGAACGAGCCUGACCUGAGCUCCCAGUCCAACAUCUCGCCGCAGGACGCCGCGACACUCUGGAAGACGUAUAUGGAGCCGUACGCGGGCAAGGCGACGCUCAUCUCCCCCGCGGUCACGAACGGCGGUGCGCCUAUGGGACUCGCGUGGCUGCAGCAAUUCUUUGACGCCUGCACCGACUGCACCGUUGACGCGUGCGCAAUCCACAUCUACGAUUCUGCCACGAACGUGGCGUACUACCAGUCUUAUAUCUCCGGCGCGGUCUCCACGUGCGGAAAGCCCGUAUUCGUGACUGAGUUCGGUGCGACCGGGUCCGAGGAGCAGCAACAGCAGUUCCUCGCCGAGAUGGUCCCCUGGCUCGACAGCCAGCCGGGCAUCCAGGGCUACGCGUGGUUCAUGGACACUGUUGGCAACCUCGUCAACUCGGAUGGCAGCUUGACCAGCCUCGGCAGCACCUACAUCGCCAACUGA